UUCCGUCCCGGAAGUACUAGGAUGUACUGGCGUUGGGUUGCGUUGUAGGUUUUCUAGCUCUGCUAUCGGUUUGGGGAGAUUCUGGGGGAGCUGGUGUCCCAGAGGUGCGACUCCGCCAGCCCAGAGCCGACCCCAUAACCGGGCUCCGACCCGCCCUUCGCCCUCGGGACCGAUGCCGGUGGCGGCGUCCUGAAGCCCCCCUAGUGGGGCGGAAUGUAAGCCUGCAGGGCGGCCUCGCCUCAUAGCCACGGGCUCCACGGGGCUCCGUGGUUCUCCUACAAGGCCAGGAUGAAAAAGUUUCCGAAGAAAAGCCAGAACGAGAAGUACCGGCUGAAGUACUUGCGGCUGCGCAAAGCGGCCAAAGCCACGGUGUUUGAAAAUGCUGCUAUUUGUGAUGAAAUUGCGCGUCUUGAAGAAAAAUUUCUUAAAGCAAAAGAAGAAAGAAGGUACUUGCUAAAGAAGCUCCUCCAACUUCAGGCACUAACUGAAGGGGAAGUACAGGCUGCACCUCCUUCCCACAGCUCCAGUUUGCCCCUGACUUAUGGUGUGGCCAGUUCUGUGGGUGCUAUACAGGGAAGUGGGCCCAUUUCUGGGCCCAGCACAGGGGCUGAGGAACCAUUUGGGAAGAAAUCCAAGAAGGAGAAAAGAGAAAAAGGCAAAGAGAACAACAAAUUGGAAGUUCUGAAGAAAACAUCCAAGAAAAAGAAAAUGGAGGGAGGUGCUCGCAAGCUGGUUCAGCCCAUUGCCCUGGAUCCCACAGGACGGCCUGUGUUCCCCAUCGGACUAGGGGGUCUAACAGUAUAUAGCCUGGGGGAGAUCAUCACCGACCGACCUGGCUUCCAUGAUGAGUGUGCCAUCUACCCUGUGGGCUACUAUAGUACAAGACUGUAUACCAGCAUGAAGUGCCCAGACCAAGAGUGUCUAUAUACCUGUCAGAUCAAGGAUGGUGGUAUGCAGCCUCAGUUUGAAAUUGUUCCAGAAGAUGAUCCCCAGAACAUCAUUGUUGGCUCUUCUGCAGAUGCCUGUCAUGAAAAACUGCUUAGAACCAUCAGUGCUACAACGGGAAAAAUAAUGCCUAAUCUGCUUGCAUCUGGAGCUGACUUUUUCGGGUUUUCUCAUCCAGUCAUUCACAACCUUAUCCAAAGUUAUCCAGAAGCUCAAAAAUGUGUCAAUUACCAGCUGGUGAAAUUUGAUGCAUGCAAACCUGAAGAGGGGCUACCAGAAAAUGAGAUAGCUAUGAGCUUUGAAGUCUUUCAGAAACAGACUUUUGGUGAAGAUAAUGAUGAUCCCAUUCUGCCAGGAUCUUUGGACCUGCCUGAGCUACAGCCUGCAGCCUUUGUGUCUUCUUACCCUCCUGAGUUCCUGACACGUGAACCCUUGGUAGGCACUCACCUGCAGCACCUGGAGUGUCCAUCACAGUGCAGCCCAGUUCUAUCUUCAGACUGAAGAGAGGAUCAGAUCUCACUUUAUUUUCAUUACAAUGGGAUUUUUGACUAAAACUUAGAAUAUAUGGGAUAAAGACAACCAUGACUGAAGAAGAUUUUUAACACAUUUCAUCAUGGUGGUUCCCAUGGUGAUAAUUUACCCUAGAAGCAACUUCACUUUAUUUUUAGUAAAAAAAAAAAAAAAAAAAAUUCUCUUAAAUAUUUGGUUUUCAUCUUCUUGUAAUCAGCAUAUAAUCCUGUUUGGCUCUACCUAAAGUAGACUUCAGUCUUGCUUAGUCUGUUUGGGCUGCUAUAGCAAAGUACCAAAGACUGAGUGGCUUAGUGACAGCAACUUUAUUUCUCAUUGGUCUGGAGACUGGGAAUUCCAGGUUCAAGGUGCUGACAAUGUCUGGUGAGGACUUAAUUUCUGGUUCAUAGACAGCUAUCUAGCUAUAAUCUCACAUAAGGGACAGAGGAACUCCUAUAAUCCCUUUUAUAAAGGCACUAAUCCCAUGCACAACCCUGUGGCCUACUCCCCUCCCUAAGGCUUCAACCCCCCACACCAUCUCAGUAAGGAUUAGGAUUCAAUUUAUGACUUAACCUAAUGAGUGUAUAGUAGUUGCCAAUUUUUGAGUAAGGUUCCAAAUCCUCUUUAGCCCAUUUUCCCAUUCCUUAUUGGAGAUUGUACUUUUAGUUCUGGGUGCUGAAACCGAACAGCACAGAUUUGCAUGUGACAUAAUUGGGAGUAGUUCCCAUCUCCCUCGCCCAACAGAGUGGCUCAGCAUUUCAUUUUAACCAUGUAGAGCAUAAUUGCAUGCUGUACAACGGAAUUCUUUGAACCCUGUACAUAGCCUUAAUGUGGACCUUAGUAUAUCAACUAAUCCCAUCAGUGCAACCUCACACUACCUUGUGCAUUGGCUCAGCUCCCCCUACCAGGUGCCCAAGGCUAGCUUCAGUAGGUAUGGAGGGGAUAAAAAGAAAA